AUGGAUCAAUCCUCUACCGCAGCGGCUGUCACGACAUCAGCAAGCACGCCUGCAACAGCUGUUAGAACACCAACCCUGGCAACAGCGAGUUUAAAAGCAGGUUCUAUUCAUAACAACAACACUAGUUCAGGCAAUCUUCACAGUAUCAUGCCCGGCAUCUCAACCUCGACCGAUCUCGGCACAACCAUUCCUUCCUUCGCUGCUGCCCGUCGUGCAAGAGCUGAUACUUUACCUUCUCGACCUUCAUCUUUACUACAGGAUAGUUCGUCUCAAGGCCUUGCUGGAACUAAUGCCUUCUCUCUUGGAAAGGUGCCCCCGGGUGUACAGAGACCCCUCCGAAGGACUCCUAGCCUGCUGGUACCCCCGCAAUUAUCGACACGUCAUCGAUCUGGGUCCUUAACCUUACCCUCCGCCUCUAUAUCUGCAGCUUUCGGGCCAUCCAUCUUUACAUCUUCCUGGGGUGAUCCUGAUUCUCCUAAUGGUGAUCGUCCAGCGACUACGCCAACUACUCGCGAGAUGCUCUUUGACUCUGAAAACGAAAACGCAAUCAUGAGCACAUUAGACGCACUUGGCUUGGAUGAUCCUGUUCAAUCUAGUACCGGCACUAGUUCCGCCAACAGCAUGGGCAUGGGUAUAGGUAUGGGCUUGGGCAAGACUGGCAGUGCCACUGUUAAUACCAACAACAGUAGCAGCAGCAGUCUGAACAAUAAUAUUGCCCCCGGUAUCAGCGCCAAUCACCGUGUUGGUGUCGAUUUGCGCAGUCGAUCUGCCUCGUUUGCCUCCUCUGCUCUUUCCCACCUGGAACUUGGUUCAAGUCGCGGAUCUCCCUCCUCCAGCUCAUCUCCUUUAGCUCUAGGUGCCCUUACAAGUCGAAGUGGCAGUAUUAAUACCACAGCAGCGUAUCAGGAAGUUCUUGAAGACGAACAUGAAGAUGAUAUUGGUCUCUUAAACUCGAACGCCAGCUCGCACUCAUCUGGUGCCUCUGGUAUUUAUCCCACUGGCGCUGGCGGCGUCCAUCAAUUUCAGACGCUCCAACAAACACACUCGCGUCCUAGGGCCAUCAGUAUGGGUUUUCUGGAGAUGCCACAUGAUAUUGUAGAGGAACAGCGCAAGUUUGCUAAUGCUGGCCCUCGUAGCUACAGUGAUAUGAAGGCUCGCCAGACGCACCAGCGCACGACAAGUGCUGGUGCUGACAUGCUUUCUGAGAUUGUCAAUGGCCAUCUACCAACCACGGACAAGAAUGGGGUCUCAAAUGGCAACAUAUCGAGUGGAUCAGCGUUGGUACAUGGACACUCACAUUCCUUGUCGCUUAAUUAUAGCAGUCAGCUUCAUGCACAGCAACAGCAGCAACAACAACAGCAGCACACGUCAACACAGCGACCAGGACAUCAGCAUAGCAACAGCUUUGGUGGACGUAGCCUUGCGGACGAUGUUGCUUUCGGUCAUGUUCAUGGCCUUGGCAACAGCGGGUCCAACCUUAGUCUUACCAAUGGAGCUGAUCCUCACCAGGAUAUCCAGACUCUUACUGGCACAGCAACACCACCCUUCAUAGAACAAGGCAUCACCUCCAACUCAGCCACGGCGAUCACUCAACAGGUUCCCACUCGUUCGCUCUGGAUCGGAAAUAUUGAUCCUAGUUUUACAAGUAAUGAUCUCAUGCAAGUUUUCAGUCCCUUCGGACCUGUUGAGUCUCUCAAGGUGAUCCCUGACAAGGAGUGUGCCUUCAUCAACUUCACGCGUGUCGAAGACGCUAUGCGAGCUAAAGAGGACAUUUCUGAGCGUCGCGGAGGACGUAUCGGGAAUACUACUGUUCGUGUUGGCUAUGGCAAGGCAGAGCUAAUGGUCAAUGCCGACGCACCAGUAUCGCAUCCUACCCGCGCACUUUGGAUCGGUAAUAUUCCUUCGUCUACCACACCAGCGAUGCUACAUGCUAUGUUUGCUAACUUUGGAGCAAUUGAGUCAGCCAGAGUUUUGACGCACAAGUCAUGUGGCUUUAUCAAUUUUGAAAACAUGGAGGACGCCGUCGUUGCCAAAAAGGUCACGCAUGGACAAGAGAUCUUUGGCCCUGGUACAGGAGCUGUAAGGAUUGGAUUUGCCAAAGUCCCUGCUAAACAGUCUCCCACUGAUAGUCCUUCGCUGGGUCAUGGUGAUCCUUUGGAUGGAGUUGGAGAGGGCAGAUCGAGCUCGACGACCAACAGCCAAUCCUCAACCAGUGCUGUGGAUCGAGAAGCAGCGUCUGAAGACCCUGCCAUGGAGCGUCAGGCCAUGUUGCGCGAAUUUAGUGAUGGGGAGCCAGAUCCGGUAUUGUCCGAGCCUAUCCCUGCUUCUUUGACAGAACCUAUCGUCUAUUUUACUUCAAUUCCACCUGUGGCGGAGCCCUCACCUCACCGUCGGCUAGAUGCUCCGAGAUUGAGAGAAAUUCGUAAACGACUGGAUAGUGGACAUUGCACACAAAAGGAACUGGAUAAUCUCUCGAAUGAAUGCAUAGACGAGUGUGUUGAACUUUGCAGUGACUAUAUUGGCAACACUGUUAUCCAAAAGCUUUUUGAGCGUUGUUCAGAGUCUCAAAAGACAAAAAUGCUCGAGCUGAUUGCUCCUCAUCUAGCAUCGAUCGGUGUCCACAAGAAUGGUACUUGGGCAGCUCAAAAAAUCAUUGAUUGUGCCAAGAGUCCUGCGCAAACAGAGCUUAUCUGUAAACAUGUUCGUCCAUACACACCUCCUCUUCUUUUGGACCAAUUUGGAAACUAUGUCGUACAAUGUUGUCUGCGUCUUGGACAGUCAAGAAAUGGGUUUAUUUUUGAGGCUAUGGCUGACAAAUUUUGGGAGAUUGCACAGGGUCGCUUUGGUGCUCGUGCUAUGAGAGCUUCCCUCGAGAGCCAGCACGCCACUAAACAGCAGCAGAAACAUGUCGCAGUUGCAGUCGUUCAGAAUGCGUUGGCCCUCGCUACAAACCCCAAUGGAACACUGAUGCUCACUUGGCUUUUGGACAACUCACAGCUGCCUGGUCGAUACCGUGUUCUUGCACCUCGACUUGUACCACACAUGGUGACAUUGGCGACUCACAAGCUAGCGUCUCUCACGAUCCUCAAGGUCAUUAACCAACGACAAGAGCUGGAUGCAAGCGACAUCAUGAUUAACAGUAUUGUCAACUCAAACCAGGACCAGGUCUUGGUAGAGAUCUUAGGGGAUCAAGUGCAUGGUGUUAGUCUGAUCCAAAAGAUUUUGGCAUCGCCCAAUGUAGAACAACAGCAGAAGCACGUGUUGGCAGAAAAAGUCAAGGCCGUGCUUUCAUCAAAACUGAACACCCAAAGUAUGCAGGGAUGCAAGCGUCUAUUAGAGGAGGUUAAUAUGAUCUUGGGAGGAGACUAUUCGCCAACAGAACAGGCGAAGCUGACACCAGGAUCCACUGGAUAUUCAUCUGCAGAAUUCUCAGGUUCAGCAACCAACUUUUAUACAGGUAUGGGUAACCAUCAUCUUCAAUCUCUCGCCAUGCCAUCCGAUACCUCCACCAGUGUCGACUCGAGUUCGGCUCUUAACACGGAAGGACAAGAGAGUGUCCAUUCUGGAACUUCUACAGCCCCUGUGACAUCUGGAUCAGCUCAUAUGUCAUCUUCGGCCAUGACACAUGCCAGUGGAUUCUCAGUUCAACAUAGUCCAUAUUAUACUAUGCCUCAUGGACAGCUCUAUGGACAUUAUCCAGGCCAAAUGUCACCCUAUUACGGCCCUGGUGCAUACAUCCCGCAGCAUGUACCAUCCAUGGGAUUCGGAGGCAUAAUUCCACAGGGAGGAUUCAGUCCUUAUGUGCCCAUGCCUCCUCCAGGGAUAGGUGCUGUUCGUUUGAUCGAUUUGAUGGCUAAUUCUUAA